CCGUCUCCUUUGGAGGUUGUCGGCUUCAUCGGUAAAACCGUUGGCGCAGGCGCGGCACUGACAGCUGCCGUCUACUUACUCCGCAAAGUCUGCUUGAUAAUGGCGUGGAAAUCCGGAGGAGCCAGCCACGCAGAGCUCGUUAACAAUCUCCGCAAAAAUGGCAUCAUUAAGUCCGACAAGGUGUAUGAAGUCAUGCUGUCCACAGACCGAGCGCAUUACUCUAGGUGUAAUCCGUACAUGGACUCCCCACAGUCAAUAGGCUAUCAAGCUACCAUCAGCGCUCCACACAUGCAUGCCUAUGCUCUAGAGCUCCUACACGAUCAGCUGUACGAGGGAGCCAAAGCUCUGGACGUCGGCUCAGGCAGUGGGAUCCUGUCCGUUUGCUUUGCACGAAUGGUAGGCGCUAAAGGGAAAGUUAUAGGAAUCGAUCACAUCAAGGAGCUGGUGGAUGAUUCUAUAAACAACGUGAAGAAAGAUGACCCCAGCUUGAUUACCUCCGGCCGGGUCAAACUACUAGUGGGCGACGGGAGGAUGGGUCACCCAGAGGAGGCGCCGUACGACGCCAUCCAUGUUGGUGCAGCAGCUUCCAACGUCCCCCAAGCCCUGUUGGACCAGUUGAAGCCCGGCGGGCGUCUGAUUCUCCCGGUCGGCCCGGCUGGAGGAAACCAGAUGCUGGAGCAAUAUGACAAGAUGGAGGACGGCAGCACCAAAAUGAAGCCCUUGAUGGGGGUGAUUUAUGUGCCUUUAACAGACAGAGACAAGCAGUGGUCCAGGUGGAAGUGACUUCCUUCUCCUCCUCCUCCCUCUCUCUCCUUCUCACAGUGGCAAAGGGAUGAACUCUGAGUAAGAAGACGGUCCAUAACCCACCUCUUUAAGUUCGUAACCUGGGAAAAAACUCGGAUGGCGCCAGGCGGACCCUGAAGUUUUGUUUCAAGCAUUAUAAAACAUGCUAUUUGUUUGUUUGAGUCGAACGAGGGACUGGAGAAUAACGCUGACGACAGCCCCCCCUGAAGGGCCGCAAGGAAAGAAAGACUGCUUGAAAUUCCAUGCCGAAAUAUUCAAGAUGGGUUUUUUUUUUUUUUCUUUUCAGGCCUCCAUCUUUUGGUUUGUAUUAUUUUAACUGCUGGGUUUUUUUUUUUGGUUUGUUUUUUGUGUCUUUUGUCAUGGUGUGCCCCCAUUUGAAUUUGCAGUCAGGCGUUUUUACAUUACAUUUCAGCAGGGUCGAAAGCUGAUCGUACAAGGAAAGCAGAACCGGAAAGAAAACGCGUGAGACUUUUAGAUAAUUCACCUAGCUACAGCGUGCGCGUGUGUUUGUGUGUGGAUCAUCUAACUCUAGAUUUUUCUGCUAGAAAAUAAGCUUUCUUCCCCGCCUCCCCCCCCCCCCUUGACAGCAGUAUUAGUAUACACAAACACAGAGAGCGCCGUGGCUGAAGUAAGUUUGAUGUGCGGAACCUUUAGGUCUCAUAUUGAACACGCAACACACUGGAUAUACUUCAGAAACAGAGCAGGGCACUUAGCUCACCAAAAUGCAUGGACAUACAGGGCUGCGCUUCCCACCGGGCGAUGUGUCGUUUGCUGCCGCUGGUUUCCAUUUCCGACGUGUGCAGGCUCCAUUGGUGGCGUCACUAACUGGGAGAGUCACUGCUUUGCCAAAAUAAACUUCAAUAAUACUAAGCUAAUGACUGUUUUCUUGAAGAAGAAAAAUAAUACACACAAAAAAAAGCACAUUGUAUUUAGAGGGGUCUGAGUGAUUGAUGAUAUUUGGCUUUCACAAUAUCUGGAAUGGCAUAUGAAAAUAAAGACAUGCUUAUGUUUUGUUUCUCGCA